AUGGAAGCAAAUGUAAAGAAAGGAGCUCCUGCCCCUCCUAAAGCCGAAGCCAAGGAAAAGGCUUUAAAGGCCGAGAAGGCAGUGCUGAAAGGCAUCCACAGCCACAAAAAGAAGAUAUGCACUUCACCCACUUUCCGGCAGCUCAAGACUCUGGCUCUAAGACAAACCAAAUACCCUUGGAAAAGUGCUCCAAGGAGAAAUAAGCUUGACCACUAUGCUCUCAUCAAGUUCUCCCUGACCACUGAGUCAGACAUGAAGAAAAUAGAAGAUGACAACACACUUGUGCUCAUUUUCGAUGUCAAGGCAAACAAGCAUCAGCUCAAACAGGCUGUGAAGAAGCUCUAUGACAUUGAUGUGGCCAAGGUCAAUACCCUGAUCAGACCUGAUGGAGAGAAGAAGGCAUAUGUUCAACUGGCUCCUGAUUAUGAGGCUUUAGAUGUUGCCAACAAAAUUGGAAUCAUAAUUGAAAUCAUCAAAGCUGAGUCCAGCUGGUUGAAACUCCACUUUUGUCUUGCACAGUACAAGUCCAAGAAAGCAAAAACACCUGCGCUUGUUGCCAUGUCUUCCAUCUUACUAGAUGGGAAGCCCUGGGAUGAUGAGACAGAUAUGGCAAAAUUACAAGAGUACAUCCAAAGCAUUCAAGCACAUGGCUUGGUCUACGGAUCCUCCAAACUGGUUCCAGUGGGAUAUGGCAUUAAGAAGCUUCAAAUACAAUGUGUAGUAGAAGAAACAUUGGCUAGAAAGGAGGAUUUGGAGGCAGUGUGCACAGCAAGUAGGAGAGAAGAAAAACUUGAAAAACUGAUAGGAAACUGGGAUAAUGCACUACAGUUAGCUUUGCUUCUUAAGAGUCAACACCGAUGGUUGCCGACCUCAGAUGGUUCUUCUUCAACUUCACACGGGGACAAAAGUGCAUCACAAAUAUCUCCUUGCUCAGAAGCCUUCAAGGCCACCUUCUUUGCCCUGAAACUAAGAGGUGUUUAUUUACAUUACUUUUACGAAGACCUCACCAUCAUCUACAAACAAUUCUUUGGAGAUCAGUUACAACCACCAAUGAUGCUGAAGGCUUGGAGGCCUCUCACUACUGAUCUUGUCAGAUGA